UUUUUUUGUCCCUUGCCGGCGCUGGUCCGCCGGCGCAUGCGCCCUUUUUUGUUUUCUUCCUCAGGCUCCUCCCCUUCCUCAGGCUCCUCCCCACGCCUCCAAUCCGUUUCCUGUCAGGAGCGGAUGGCCGAGGCUGGGCCCCGGCUCGGAGCGGGCCGUCUUCGCUGAGCAUCGGCGGACGCUUCUCUCGCGCGCUCCGGCUUCCUGAGAGCCGACGCGGGAGGCGUAAAAACAAAAAAAAAAAGAAUCCGAGGCCGCUGUUGGCGCGAUAAUGCACCAUGGGACCGGUUCACAGAAUGCACAGCGCCAGCUCCAGAGGUCUCGAUCCUUCACCGGCAGCGAGAGCGAAGAUCAGCAGGCCAACUUGCCACAGUCCCCGGCUCCUUCCUUCGCUCCUUCGGCCAGCCCUUCUGCCCCUCAGUCUCCCAGCUACCAAAUCCAACAGUUUAUCAUGAGCCGAAGCCCAGUAGCGGGACAGAACGUCAAUAUCACUUUGCAGAAUGUGGGACCCGUUUCUAGCACCAACCAGCAGAUCACCCUGACCCCAUUGCCGAUCCCCAGCCCCACUUCCCCCAGUUUUCAGUUCAGCCCUCAACAAAGACGGUUCGAGCAUGGCUCGCCCUCCUACAUCCAGGUCACUUCUCCGUUGCCCCCUCAGGUUCAGUCGCAGAGCCCCACCCAGCCCAGCCCAGUGUCCGUUCAGACCAUUUCAAGUGUCCGAGCGGGUACCCCGGGCCCCGGCUUGGGCAUGUGCAGCCAGAGCCCGACGCGUGGCUUCGUGGACGCCAGCGUGUUGGUGAGGCAGAUCAGCUUGAGCCCGUCGAACGGCGGACACUUCGUGUACCAGGAAGGAUCCGGCCUCACCCAGAUCGCUCAAAGUGCCACGACUCAGGUUCAGCUUUCGUCCUCCGGCGCCUCGUCGACCGUCCGGGAACGCAGGCUGUCCCAGCCCCAUUCUCAAACCGGAGGGACCAUCCACCAUCUCGGACCUCAGAGCCCCGUGGCGAGCGGAGGAAAUAUCCAAGGUUUACCUAACCCUGGUCACAUUACCACCAGCAACCUGCCGCCACAGAUCAGCAACAUUAUCCAAGGGAUGCAGCAGCAGCAGCAGCAACAACAGCAAGGACAGGCCUCGAACAGACCUUUGGGCUUUGACAGGACUUCCGCUGGAUUAAUUGCCGGGGUCGGAGGCCCCACUUUCGGCAUCACGUCCCCACCGCCUCCCACCAGCCCUUCCCGGGCCAGCAUCCCUCAAGGACUAACGGGCCACCCGCUGGCCCCCUCGCUCUGCGCCGUGGUGAAAAAAGCCAAAAAAGUCGAGGAAAUCCCCCCGGCUACUCCAGAAGCGGCUCAGAUGAGGAAGCAGUGUCUGGAGCAUCACUUCAAGCAGAUGGAAACCCUGAAGGAUGCUUUCAAAGAGUACUUGGUCGAGCUGUUUUUCUUGCAACACCUGCAAGGGAACAUGAUGGACUUCUUGGCCUUUAAGAAGAAGCAUUGCCUGCCGUUGCAGGCCUACCUCCGGCAGAACGACUUGGAUCUGGAGGAAGAGGAGGAGGAAGAGCAAUCCGAGGUUAUCAACGAUGAGGUAAAGGUUGUGACAGGAAAGGAUGGGCAGACUGGUACUCCUGUUGCUAUAGCAACCCAGCUUCCUCCAAAUGUUUCUGCUGCUUUUUCAACCCAGCAGCAACCGUUCCAGCAGGCGCAUGCAGGGACUCCAGUAACGGGAACUGUCAAUGCCAUAGAAAUCGAAGCGUUUAAGAGACAGCAAGCCCUUACAUCAGCAGAUUCGUCUAAGAGACCCCGAAUUGAAGUGGGCCGUCAUGGGAUGGUUUUUCAGCAUCCGGGCGUGGCUUCAGGAGUCCCUCUUCAACAGCUCAUGCCAACUGCACAAGGUGGAAUGCCUCCCACCCCUCAAACGGUGAAGCUGAUGGGUCAGAAGCAGAGCCAGCAACAGUACGACCCUUCCAAAGGUCCCCCGGUGCAGAACGCAGCCAGUCUUCACACCCCACCACCUCAGCUGCCCGGGAGGCUGCAGCCCACCAACGUGCCCAUGAGCUCUCUCCCGCCAACGCUGCAGCUGGCGCCCCAAGCGACUCAGAUGAACGACACUCCGGUGCAACAAGCGGCGAUUCACGUGAAGGCUCAGUCCCAAAACGUGACGGUCACCACCGCUGCGGCUGCUGUGUCCCACGGCCAGGUUCAAGCGCCAUCUCAGCCGCAAGGGCAGCCGACAACGCACGGACCGGGGCAGAUGACACCCUCCCAGGUUGUGGCCUCUCAAACGCCAACCCCACAGCAGAUCACAACUCUGUCUCGUCCCUCGUCCGACUCUAACCAAAACUCCCAGCGUAUUUCAACAAGUGUGGCUCCUCCUACCUCAAGCAACCCGCCAACUUCCGCUUCCAACCCUGCCCCACAAACUACGCACUCGACCCAAGCCAACCGGUCCUCGCCAGGAACAACUAAGUCAACAUCUCCCGUGGCCUCCAAGCCCGCAGGGUUGGCCGUGGCAGCAACCCCCAAAACUCAGAACACAACACAAAAUACCGCAGCGGCCCAGGAUAGCACGCACGAGAAGUUGGCUGAACAAGUGAAGUUGGAAAACCAAGUUCACCAGCGCAUCGCAGAGCUGAGAAAGGAAGGCUUGUGGUCUCUGAGACGACUGCCCAAACUUCAGGAGGCCUCCAGGCCCAAAUCUCAGUGGGAUUAUCUCCUGGAGGAGAUGCAGUGGAUGGCAACAGAUUUUGCCCAGGAAAGACGAUGGAAGAUGGCCACUGCUAAGAAGAUGGUCAGGACAGUGGCUCGCUACCACGAAGAGAAACAGCUCAACGCAGAGAGGGCGAAGAAGGAAGAGAAGAUCAAGCUAAGGCGCAUCGCUGCUACAAUUGCCAGAGAAAUAGAAUAUUUCUGGUCUAAUAUUGAACAGGUGGUGGAAAUAAAACUGCAGAUUGAAUUUCAAGAGAAAAGGAGAAAAGCGUUGAAUUUGAAAAGGCGUGCCAAGAAAGGUAAAGACUCGAGACACUUAGAAGACAUCCUUCUGGAAAAAGGGAACAAGUCGGGUUCGUGGUCCUGUAGAAGAAAGAGAAAAGCAAGCACUUCUCUAACAGACGAUGAAGCGGAAGACGAAGAGGAGACAAUAGAAGAGCAGGAAAAGAAGGAAGGGAAUGUCAACCAUCAGAUGGAGCUGUCCACGCUGGCGAAGGAAGCUGAGCUGCCUUUGGAUGAUCUGAUGAAGAUGUACGAAGGAGCCUUUGCUGAGAACUUCCACUGGCCCCAGCCGAAGCCCGAAGAGGAGACGAGCGACGAAGACAUGGAAGAUCACCCGGUCGAAAGGGAAUUCCUUCAAAAGGAGGUCAUCUCGAUCGAAUCUCUCCUCAGCAUCGAGCAGUACAAGGGGGCCGAGAGAAUGAUGGCCAGCAAGAACCGCGGGCGAGAUAUAGCCGAAGUGGCGGCCACAGCGGAAGCUCUGUUGCCGAAAGGCAGCGCCCGGAUCACCACUGCGGUCAAAUACAACACCCCUCCCCUCUUGUACGGCUCCCUCCGAGAGUAUCAGAAGAUCGGCCUCGAUUGGUUGGCCAAGCUCUACAAGAAGAAGCUGAACGGCAUCUUGGCUGACGAAGCCGGCCUCGGGAAGACGGUGCAGAUCAUCGCCUUCUUCUCGCACCUGGCCUGCAACGAAGGGGAUUGGGGUCCUCACCUUGUCGUCGUCCGAAGUUGUAACAUUCUGAAGUGGGAGCUGGAGCUCAAACGUUGGUGCCCCGGCCUAAAAAUCCUCCUCUACAUCGGUACCCAGCGAGAACUAAGAAUGAAAAGACAGGAGUGGACGGAACCCAACAGUUUUAACGUCUGCAUCACCUCUUACAAGCAGCUCUUCAAAGGCCACCAAGCGUUCAUGAAGAUACGAUGGAAGUACCUCAUUGUGGACGAGAUGCAACAGAUCAAGAACAUGACGGAGAAGCACUGGGAAGCCCUCUUCCACCUUCGCAGUCAGUACCGCUUACUCCUGAUCGAUACCCCUCUGCACAACACCUUGAUGGAACUGUGGACCAUGGUACACUUCCUGAUUCCAGGAAUCUCCAAAGCUUACCUGGAUUUCCCAGUGAAAGCAGCCAACGAGGAGAAUCAAGACUACUGCCAUAAGCUCGUCAUCAGGCUGCACAGGAUGAUCCAGCCGUUCAUCUUGCGCAGAUCGAAAAGGGACGUGGAGAAGCAGCUGACGAAGAAGUACGAACACGUGCUCAAGUGCCGGCUUUCCAACCGACAGAAAAUGAUGUACGAAGACGUCAUUCUCCAGCCCGAGACCCAAGACGCUGUGAAAAGCGGGCACUUCGUCAGCGUUCUUCACGUCUUGAUGCAGCUGCAGAAGAUCUGCAACCACCCGGAUCUGAUCAACCCUCGGCUAUGCAGCUCCUCUUACGUUUCGGAGGCCUUGCAGUUCUCGACCGCCUCGCUGGCGUUAAAAGCCUUAGAGACCAGCCUGUGGAAGGUUGCAGACCUGAGUCUCUUUGACCUGAUCGGGCUCGAGAAGAAAAUGACGCGGUAUGAAUCCCAGGUGGUGCCCAAGCAAAAAAUAACACGGAAGCUUAUCGAAGAGAUUUACACCUCUCCCCUGCCGCCUCCCAGGCCGCCUCCCGUCAAGCUGAAGCCCAACAGAUUGUUUCAACCUGUUCAAUACGGACAAAAACCUGAAGGCAAGAUGGUCACCUUUCCUAGCGCUCAAGUGCAGCGGGCCACCAGUGUGGCUACGGUUGCCCAACAGACCCAAGUGCGUGGAAGAUCUCCCAUGACGACGGUGUCUGCCAAUCAAGCCGCCGUUGCCGUCUCCUCGGCUGCCACCGCAGCGCCAUCACAAUUGCAGUCUUCCUCCAGUGUUCCUCCUCCUCCUCCUCUUCCUCUUCCUCCUCCAAGACAUCAGCCAGCAAUGACCUUCGCCAACGCAACUAGCCCGGCCCAUCCAGUGAAACUGCGGGGCCAGGCUACCGCCCCGGGCCUCCAGCUAGGGCAGGCCCAGCCACAGGCCCCCCCACCCACCAUCCAACAGAGUGUCCUGCCUCAGAGGCUCCUGUUAACCAGUCAGGCACAGGCUCGGUUACCCAGUGGUGAAGUGGUCAAAAUAGCCCAGCUGGCUUCCAUUGCAGGGGCACAGGGCCGGAUCACGCAGCCGGAGACGCCGGUGACGCUGCAGUUCCAGGGGAAUAAAUUCACUCUGUCUCACAGCCAACUCCGCCAGCUGACCGCAGGACAGCCUCUACAGCUGCAAGGCAGUGUCCUGCAAAUUGUUUCGGCUCCGGGACCCCAAUAUCUCCGACCUCAGGGUCCUGUGGUGGUGCAGACGGUGCCCCAGCCUGGGACUGUCCAAAACGCUCUCAACGCACUAGGGAACCAACAUCCGGUAGGGUUGCAGACUUCGGCAGGAACUCAGCCAGGAAGAACCAUGGGGGCUAAUUUGGCAUCGGGAGAUUCUGCUUCGUCCCUGAAGUCCGGCAUUCAUGGCGGUCACUCACAGGAGUCGUUCGAGGAGAAAAACAGGCUCCUGAAGGAACGCUUGGACAGGAUAUUUUCUUGCAACGAGCGGCAUUGCUCCAGAGCUCCCGUCUACGGCAAGGACCUUCGUAGGAUUUGCUCCCUGGUGGGCAACUCCAACACAAAGCCUCAGUUCUCCGGCAGAACCAGGAAAUGGAGCUGGGCUGGCUUUGUAAACUGCGGUCUCUCCAAAGAUCAUCAAGACCCUCUCGGAGGGUUGACCCAGCAGCUCGAACAGCAGCAGCAAUCCUUGAGGGACACCGUCGACAGGGCGCUCUGCGCGUUGCCCGCUGCUGUGGCCGCUCCUCCGUCUUUGCACGUGGCGAGGCUUCCCCCUGCUUACAGCCACCGAAUGAAACUCCUCCGGCACAACUUGAAGGAGAAGAUGUUGCCUUACCUGAACCAGCUUCAUGAGCUGACCAUGCCCCGGCUGCUGCUUCCGUGUCCUGACCUCCGUCUGAUCCAGUACGAUGCAGGGAAGCUGGAAGCCCUGGCAGUCUUGCUCCAAAAGCUCAAGUCAGAAGGGCGAAGGGUGCUGAUCUUGUCCCAGAUGAUGCUCAUGCUGGACAUCUUGGAACGCUUCCUCAACUUCCAUUUCCUCACCUACGUGAGAAUCGAUGAGUGCGCGAACCAGGAAGAGCGGCAGGAGCUGAUGAAAACCUUCAACCGAGACAAACGUCUCUUCUGCGCCAUCCUCUCCUCCCACAGCCGCUCCACGGGCGUCAACCUGGUGGAAGCCGACACCGUCGUGUUCUACGACAACGACUUAAACCCGGUGAUGGAAGCCAAAGCUCAGGAGUGGUGCGAUCGGAUUGGCCGGUGCAAGGACAUCCACAUUUACAGGCUGGUCAGCGGGAACUCGGUCGAAGAGAAGCUCUUAAAAAACGGGACUAAGGAUUUGAUCCGAGAAGUAGCCGCUCAGGGAAACGACUACUCCAUGGCCUUUUUAACGCAGCAAACAAUUCAGGAACUUUUUGAAGUUCACUCACCAAUGGAGGAUUCGGGCUUCCGGGUGAAAGCCGAAGAAUUUGUCAUGCUGUCGCAAGAGCCGUCUCCCUCCGAAACCAUCUCUCCCAAAGUGGCCAGGCCCUUUAUAGAGGCUCUGAAAAGUACCGAACGAGAGGAAGAGGAGAAGGAGGAGGAAGAGGAGAUGGAAGAGGAGGAGCAGAACGAGGCGUGGAACUCGCACGUUCUGGAUGGAGAGAACGAAUCGGUGUCGAAACCUCUGGUUUCAGAACUUGGAAAGGCACAAUACCUUGAGCAACCUUCUCUGCUGCAGGAGCUGGUGGCCGUGGUCGAUCAGCUCACCCCCAUUGAAAAGUACGCCUUGAAUUAUUUGGAAUUCUUUCACGUUUCCGCUGAGGAGAAUGAAUCCAAAGAAAAUGAGGUGGAAGUGAGGACGGCAAAACGGAAAUGGGAGGCUCAGCAUCUGAAAGGGCUGAAAGAGGAAGAGGAGAAAACGUUUCUGCAAGGGAAGGAGGAAGAACUUUUCACUUACACUCGAGAAGACGCCUACAACAAAGAGUAUUUUUACGAAGGACCAGAUGGACAAACUGAAAUAAUGCCACUUUGGACUCCGCCCACCCCACCGCAGGAUGACAACGAUAUUUACAUUGACUCGGUCAUGUGUCUGAUGUACGAGCCGGUCCCCAUCCCAGAGUCCAAGCUGCCUCCCGUGUACGUCAGGAAGGAGCGCAAGAGGCACAAGACCGAUCCUUCCACCGCAGGAAGGAAGAAGAAGCAGCGUCACGGAGAAAUCGUCGUCCCUCCUCGCUCCCUCUUUGACCGCGCCACUCCGGGGAUGCUGAAAGUGCGACGGGAAGGCAAGGAGCAAAAGAAGAACAUCCUGCUCAAACAGCAGACCCCGUUCGCCAAGCCCUUGCCCACCCUCGUGAAGCCGGCGGCGGAGGCCGGCCAGGACAACCCCGAGUGGUUGAUCAGCGAAGACUGGGCUCUCCUCCAGGCCGUCAAGCAGCUGCUGGAACUCCCGCUCAACCUGGCCAUCAUGUCCCCCGCACACACCCCCAACUGGGACCUGGUGAGCGACGUGGUGAACUCCUGCAGCCGGGUUUACCGCUCCCCCAAGCAGUGCCGCAACCGCUACGAGAACGUCGUCAUUCCCCGCGAAGAAGGGAAGCUUAUGUAUGAAGCGAACCCUAAGAAGAAGACUAAAAGCAUUUAUAAGAACUUUAAUGAAUUAAUUCCUGCAACAGCCCCUCAGACAAAGAACAGUCGCCCGCUCCGGACCAACCAGCUGUACGCCCAGGACGAAGGUGCGUCGCACACCCAUCUCUACACAAACCAUUUCGAGAUCAUGAAAUUGAUUGCUGGGAAGAGGAGUCCACCCAUCAAACCCCUGCUUGGCAUGAAUCCUUUCCAAAACCCUAAACACACUUCAGUCCUUGCAGAAAGUGGCAUCAACUAUGAUAAACCACUGCCUCCAAUUCAAGUUGCAUCUCUCCGAGCGGAGCGCAUCGCAAAGGAAAAGAAGGCUCUGGCAGAACAGCAGCGAGCUCAGCAACAAGCCGCCCCACAACAACAGCAGCAACAACAACAACAACAGCAGCAGCAGCAACAACAGCAGGCCGGGCAGCAAACAGCUCAGCCCUUGGCGGGGCAGCAAGCACAAACUCAGACCCAGGUGCAAGGCCAGGGCAUCCAGCAGCCUCAAGGUGGGCUGCAGACGGCCGCGACCACGGUGGCAAACACAGCUGUGUUGGCUGGCACCAUGAAACCCACCGUGACCGGGGCCAACAUACAAACAGCCACUGUGAGCGUCAACACCAUCACUGGGGUCCCCGCAACUACUUUUCAACCCAUCAACAAGAGGUUGGCUUCACCCAUUAUACCCGGGACGCUGGCGGUGAGUGGCCGUUCCUCGGAGCAGAAAACUAAGACGACCUCGGGAGCAGGAACUACCACCGCUCAGGUGGUCCAUUCCCAGCAGAGAGCCACCGGCACGUCAGCCACCUCCACGGAACUGGUCACCCUCACGUCUACGCCCGGAGUUCGAGCGGUCACUUCGGUGACUGCCUCAGCUGUGGUGACCACGAACCUGACUCCAGUCCAGACUCAGCCGAGGUCUUUGGUCACUCAGGUGACGCCAGCUGCUGCAGCCAGCGUGCAACUCUCCGGAAAGACCAUCAAUCCAAAUAAUUUACAACUCCUACGGCAACAGCAGCAGCAGCAGCAACAACAGCAGCAGGCCACAGGACAGGUCCAAGUUCCCCAGAUCCAAAGCCCAGGCCAGAUGCCAUCGCAACCCCAGAUUAAGACUGUUGGCAAGAUCUCCCAGGAGCAGCUCAUCAAGUUCCAGAAGCAGAAGAUGCAAGCAAUGCAACAACAAACCUCCCAGCCUCAGGGAGCCCCCGGUGCGCAACAACAACAGGCAGCCCAGGUCCAGGUGCAACAACAACAGACGCAGCAGCUCACGGCGGUAGCCGCCUCCAGGCCAAGCGCAGUCCUGGCUGGCACCACGGUCACCGGCCUCCAAGUAGCCCGGUUGACGCGUGUAGCUGCUUCUCAGCUCCAAGCCCAAAGCCAGAUCCCAGGUCAGACGCCUCAAGCAGCCCAAGUGGCUUUGACCAAGCCGCCCGUGAUGUCCGUCCCGGUGGUGUCGUCGGCAGGGGUGACCGCCCUCCCCGUUACCGUCUCCGGAAUCAGCGUGGCGAUUGGGCAGCCGCAGAAAGCAGCAGGAGGGCAGGCAGUGAUGGCUCAGCCGCUCCACGUCCAACAGUUUCUGAAGGUGAAACAAGCUCAGCACCACCAGGCAGCCCAGCAGAAGGUCAUCCAGCCACAGGUGGCCCAAGGACAGGCAGGUGUUCAACAGAAGGUCACGGUCCAGACCCAGCAGCCAGCGUCUCAGCAGCAGAAAGUCUACGCCACCCAGCCGGCCAUCAAAGCCCAAUUCCUACCGACGCCGAUUUCUCAGCCCCAGAAGUCAGGGGGUGCGCAGCAGGUCCAGACCCAAAUACAGGUGGCCAAGAUCCCACAGGUGGUCUCCCAACAAACAGCGGUGGCUAACAUCCAGCAGGUGGUUUCGGUUUCCCAACAGGUUCAAGCUCAGCCCCAAACGGUCACCUUGUCUCAGACCACAGCGGGGCAACACCAAGUCCAGGUCAUCCCAGCCACCACCGCCACGGCUCAAGUCGUCCCCCAGAAACUGAUCCAACAGCAAGUGGUAACCACCGCCUCCCCGCAGAUCCAAGCCUCGGUCGUGCCGAACCCUGCCCAGGCGCCCGCCCCGCCCGACGGGCAGAGUCAGCCAACGAAAGUGCAAAUGAGGGCGCCUGUCCGGUUAAAGGCUCCGAACAAACCCAGCUGAGUCCUUCACCUUUUCAUGGCGGCAAGCCAGGGGGGGAGAGAGAGAGAGAGGGAGAAGGAGAGAGAGAGAGGGAGAAGGAGAGAGAGAGAGAGCUCUCUAGGUGGCCUCCCAUCCAGCGAGAUCGGAAAUCAGGCGUCUCUCCUGCGAAACUUCCAGGGCUGUUUUCUCCCUGCUCUCCUCCAGACGUCUCUGCUUCCCGGACAGAUUCGUGGAAAGAUUUUGAAAUGCAACUCCCGAGGAAAUGCCAUUUUUUUCCCCGAACUCCUCCGUUAGCCCGACCGCUCGCCGAGACGCUCACUGCCCUUUCGGUGGAAACCCCAAAGUUGCUUCUCCAGUUGUUGUGUGGGUAGCAACGCCGGUCGUUAUCGUCACCCCUGUCCGAUGGGGAAAAUCUUUGUGGGGUGCAAAGCCGGACAUUGUCCGGGCCUCGCUUAUCCAAGGGGGGAGGUGGGGGGUGGGUGGGUAGGACAGAAAGUUUUGUCCAAAGCAGGGGAUCUCCAACCUUGGCGACUUUUAAGCCUGGUGGACUUCAACUCCCAGAAUUCCCUGGGGAAUUCUGGGAGUUGAAGUCCUCCAGGCUUAAAAGUCGCCAAGGUUGGGGACCCCCUGGUCCAAAGCACUCCCUGCUCCGUUGAGCUGACAAAUGUGAAGAUUUUGUAAGUAUCUGUAAUUAUGCAUCAUAUUUCAGUCACCGGGGUUUUUUUUGGGUGGGGUGGGGUGGGGAGAGGUUUGAGCCUUUUUUAAACAAACAAACAAACAAACAUUAACUUGUGGCACGUUGGUUUGUGGGGGUGGGUGGGGUGUCAGGCGUUUUGCUUACUGUUUCGCUUAAUUCGGUCUUUGUGCUUGUUGCGUAUGUGUGUGCGUGCGUUCUUUCCUUCUUUUGUACAGAGAAACUCUUCGUUUUAAGCUUCCGCUUUUCCCUUUUUCACGGUUUCAGAUAUUCAGUGUGCUAACACGUAAUUGGUUGGUUGGUUGGUUGGUCGGUCUUUUUUUUUUUAAAAAAGGUAUUAAUAUUAUGUGACAGUAAGUGUAUUUCAUCGUCGCCCACCAUUCUCAGCCCCUUUUUCAUGGGUGGAAGAAGAAAAAAAAACAAACAAAAAAACAUGUUUUAUUGCUCGUCCAAUGUUCUGUUCUUGUGGGUUUUUUUUAUUUUAGUGGGGCUUCCACGCUGAAGGAAAUUUAACUUACAAGUUUCCAGCAUUGGUUUUGGCCCUUUUCGCUUUGCGGUCUUGUUUUAAAAGUUCAGCUGUGUUUCCAUUUCAGAGGGAUAGAGGAGAGAUAUUCAGGCAACUUAUUAUUAUUUCUUUUUCUAUCAACACCAAAACAACAGAGGUAUUUUUCAGACCUUCGGUUGUUUGAAACAAACCUUUUCUUCCUUUUUUUUUCUUUUUUCUUUUCUUUUCGUUCUUUUUCUUUCUUUCUCUUUCUUUCUUUCUUUCUUUCUUUCUUUCUUUCUUUCUUUCUUUCUUUCUUUCUUUCUCCUUUCUUCUAAUUCUUCUUCCUCCUCCUCCUCCCCCUUCCUCCUCCUCCUUCUUUUCUUCUCCUCCUCCUCUACCUCCUCUUCCUCCUCCCACUCCUUUUUCCUCCUCCUCCUCCUCCUCCUUUUCUCCUCCUCCUCCCAUACUAACUUAUAUACUGGCACUCAUGCCAAACUUCCGGACAAUACAGAUAUCUGUCCUACCUCCAGAUGUUCCCAAGUUGAGAUCAGUGCUGGCCACCUAACUUUGUCAUCUCUGCUCUUUCGAACAAGCACAAUUUCUUACCCCUUUUGUUGUUGCCUUUUUGCUCUUCUAAACGCCGUAUCCUUUCUAUUUUGGAGCCUCGUUUUUUUUUUUUUUCAAAAAAAGGUAUGCUUUUUAAAAUUAAAAAAAUAAAUAAAUAAAAACCUUUCUACAUAAAGGAAGGUAGACAUCGUUGAAGUUCUUUUACCCAAAACCUAUUUCAUACCAUAGACUUGUAUUUUAUCAGUUAAGUUUCUGAGAAGGAGCCGUUAGGGAGUGAUAUAAUUCAUUUGAAAAAAACCAAGAUAUUUGGGGGGAGCUGUUUGGCCUCGAGUACCCCUACAAGAGUGGGAUCUUGGCAAAUUAGGGCCCCCACCUUAAAGAGUCCUCUCGCUCUCCUUCCCACCUUCCAUGCAAAUCUACCAGUCAAAACUAAUUUUGCUCCCCAAAUAUGCUAAAAUCUUACGUCUGUACACAAGGCUAUAAAUCCCUCUUCCUUAAUCUCAGCAACCAUAAGCGGGGUUGGACUUCAACUCCCAGAAUUCCCCAGCCAACCGGCUGCGAAAUUGUGGGAGUUAGAAGUUCAACCCCGCUUAAUGUUACUGAGGUUAAAGGGAACACCGCUGUAAAAUGAACUCUGUACGCAUAAAGUAACAUCACCAAUUUCAAUUUCACUGUGCUGGCUUUCGAGUAUGUCUGAUUUCAACGGAAAAAAACGUGCACGAUUUCCGUGUCUUGAUUUUUCACGGGGAAAAAAAAAAUGCUAAUUCGGUGGUUCCACAUUUCUGAUUGCCCCUUCCUUCCUUUCUCCCCUUGGUAAAACUGACUUGUAAAUUACCUUUAUGAAGAUAAAAAUAAUUUGUACUUUUGGCUGUAGGAUUGGAAGGAUUUGUGUUGUAUCUUACCUGAAAGUGUAUUAAAAGUGUACAUUUUUAUAACAUUCUUGUAACUGUGCGUACCUGAAGUGUGUUUUGUCUCAUCUGGCCUCCCCCACUCUGACAUUUAGGGAGAUGGGAGCCUAAAAUCUUGGAAGUUUUUUUAAUAAAUCAGCCGUGCCGAUCAAAA